GCAGAUUUUUUGAAAGGACUACCAGUCUACAACAAAAGCAACUUCAGCAGGUUCCAUGCGGAUUCUGUAUGUAAAGCAUCAAAUAGGAGACCAUCAGUAUAUCUUCCCACGAGGGAAUAUCCAUCUGAACAAAUCAUAGUAACAGAAAAGACAAAUAUCCUCUUGCGCUAUUUACAUCAGCAGUGGGACAAAAAGAAUGCAGCAAAGAAGAGAGAUCAAGAGCAGGUGGAAAUAGAAGGUGAGAACUCGGCACCACCCCGGAAAAUCGCUCGGACAGACAGCCAGGACAUGAACGAGGACACUUAAACUCUUGGCUUCCUCCUCUCCUACUUUGCAGGCGCUUCCUGUUUUGUCUCCAAGUGUGUAAAUUUGCCCCUUGCCCCCAUCUCUCCCCCCUCCACUGCGCAGCCCAAACCACUUCUGACUUCCCAGGAGCCAACAUAUUUAUUUUUUCUC